GAACAGAUAACAUUCUUUGUAAAGGAAAACGAUGGACGAAAAAGACGAUGACAUGGAAGCCUUUGACCCCGGCAUUCCUGAGGAGGGUCCCUCAGCUCCACCCCCUGGCUGGCUGGAUAGCGUCACAGGCUAUGAGGACAACAAAGAGGGCGAUCAGAUUUACCCUCCUCCACCAGCCUAUGUCCCACUACCCGAAAAUGACAAGAAUGCUUCAGUUCCCAGUGUCAUGGUGCCAACAGUGUCUGAGGAUGUAGCACGGGAGGCUUUGCUGCAGUUUGUGGGAAAGAAGUGGGCAUAUAGCAGCAAACCUGCCAGAAACUUGGUCUUUAAGGAUUUGAAACCCUACACGGUCUACCGUUACCGCUUGGAAACCUUUACGGAGUCCAGGUCCAGUGCCUGGGAGUUUGAACCUCAUACUGGUCAGUACAUCGAUGGACCACACAAUGGCGUUAGCCCGCCUCCAUGGGAGGUACAAGUACAAUAUCCACCCAAAUACACUGAUGUUGUUCAGAAGGUGCGGGUGCCACACUCCUCGUUUAUUAAGACGUGUCAUAAGUGUCAUGGCAACGGGAAAGUGCGUUGCACACACUGCCAUGGUAGGGGACAGACACGCUGCACGUUCUGCCAUGGCACUGGCCACUCACGGAACAAAAGGUGCAUAAGCUGCAGUGGUAGGGGGAAGAAGAGAUGCACUCGUUGCCAUGGGCAUGGUCAUCAAAUCUGCCCUACCUGCCGUGGCCAUAGAAACCUCAUGCACUUUAUUCAGCUGACUGUCACAUGGAAGAACCAAGUGUUUGAGUUCAUACCAGACCGUUUGCCUGAGUUCCCAGUAAAGAAGUUUGAGAAAGUGUCCGGAAAUUCAUUCUUUGUGGAUGAAAAUAAUUUGGUUUAUCCAAUAGUGGGCUUCCCUGACCAAGAUAUUUGUGAUGCUUCGAAGACAGCUAAUCACGAACAUCUCAACAAGUAUUCCUCUGUCAGUCGCAUCCUACAACAGAGACAAACCAUUGAGUUGGUCCCUCUUACACAUGCAUUCUACUCCUACAAUGGAAAAGACUAUGACUACUUUGUUUAUGGAACUGAAAACAAAGUUUACACUCCUAAAUAUCCAUCCGCGUGCAGUAUUUUAUAAUUU